GAUUUAAAUAAAUUUAAAUACAAACUAUGUACUAAAAUAAUAACUUCUUAUGAUCGCCGAUCAUGCUGUUAUCUAAAAAUAUAAACUUUCUUGUCUAAAGCUUUAAAUAUAUAGUAUUACUUACUUCCCCAAAUAAUCAUUGUAUAUCUGGAAAUAUGUCUAAGUGGCAGUCGGAGCGAAGCAUUCACGAAAUGUUAAAAGAUACACCACCACUUCGGGACUCCAGUGAUUCAAUUACUUCAGGAACAGAAGCGAAAUUUCCCACAUCACGAUCCAUGCCUUUUCCAUCCUCCUAUGCAACACCAGAUUUGACACAAAAUGGUGCUACUGCCACUAGUACUCUCAUAAAAUCUGGUUCCACAAAACUGGACCAUUUUAAGAACUGGAGUGUAUCUACAUACAAAUGUACAAAACAGUUGCUAUAUGAGAAACUAGGAAAGAGCUCUCGCACUGUUGAUACUGAACUGGAGGCGCAGAUAGAGAUGUUGCGUGAGACUCAGCGUAAAUAUUCUAACAUUCUGAGGUUGAGCACACUGCUAGCAACACAGUUGUCAGCGGCUGCUACUACACAGAGAGCACUCGGAGAAGGAUUUGCUGAACUAGCACAAAAGUCACCUGAACUACAAAAUCAGUUCCUGUACAACGCGGACACGCAGCGCUCCCUCACCCGUAACGGCGAGACCCUGCUGGCGGCGCUGCACUUCUUCAACAACGCUCUCAACACGCUCGUCAACAAGAGCAUGGAGGACACGCUGCUCACCAUCCGACACUACGAGGCAGCCAGGGUGGAGUACGACGCGUACCGCAGCGAGAUAGAGGCGGGCGGGGGCGUGCCCGACUCGCUAGUGCACAGCAUCGACAAGCAGCGGCGCCAGUACGAGCGGCUGCGGGACGACUCCGCCGUCAAGCUGAACCUGCUGCACGAGAACCGGGUGAAGGUGAUGAACAAGCAGCUGCUGCUGUUCCACAACGCGAUCUCGGCGUACUUCAGCGGCAACAACGUGGCGCUGGAGGCCGCCGUGCGACACUUCAGCGUGCCGGGCGUCGCCCCCGCCCCCGCUGAUCAGACACAUCAAUAAUACAAACUGUCUCUUAUACUAUGUACCUUUAAUAACGUUUGCUAAAUUUCGCUAUAGCAAUUCCCUGACAUCAACCGUUAGAUGAAAAUAAAAUAUAUAUCAUGUUUAACUUCAAACUGCCCAUGUGGAGCUACUUUAACUCUCGUUUUUAUUUUAAUGUUUGAUUAAUUUUAUAUUCUUACAAACAGUUAUUUGCGCGCAAUCUAUUUUACCAUAGUUUAAUGUUUUAUACGACCAGUAUUAUUAUUCACCUAUAUAUUAUAUAAAUUUUAUUUAUUGAAUAUAAAUACGAUAGAUAUCAAUAAUAUCAAAUACUUUAGUAUUUUCCUUUACACUAAAAUCUAAAUGAAAGAAACUACUCAAAUAUUAGACUACUACCCGGUUACAGUAUCUCUACACCUGACGUCUAGGUGAUGAUAGUAUACAAAUACAUAUAAACGUGUUGUGUUGUAAUGCUGAUUAUUAUUAUUAUAAUGGGUUUAGUAAAAAUAUUUUUUUUUCUAGCAGUUCUUUUAUAGCGACACAGAACAACAAAAUUUAUAGAACUAUUAACAACAACAAAUAAAACGUAACAAAGUGGUCACAGUGGGAUGAGAUGCGGUACUUUUUUGCAUAAGCUUUAACUUAAGCCAUUGUUAAUCAUUGUUAUCAGUUCAAUAAACGUUCUGAUUUGCAUUGUAACUGUGAACGCUGCUGACACUGUUUCUGAUGUAAUACUGCAAGGUAUAGAACUCUUCAUUCCAUCCUCCUCGGUGCCUACCAGUGGCAGGAACCAUGGUUUGACCGCUCCUACAAAAUGGUCUCUCACCAAAAGCGAGGAUGCUAUCAGGCUUGGGUCAAUGUGGUGACAUCUAAGGAUGUUGUGAAUUCCAACGAACUGAAAAAACACUAGAAUCAUGCCUCCAGAUCCAUCAAAACUGUGAUUGCUGAUGCGAAAUCGAAGCACAUUGGAAAAAUUGGCAGGAGACUCACGCCUUCCCUCGGGAACUCUUGCAUUCUACUCACUCAUCAAGACUGUCCAAGCAAAUGCCAGCCAGCCAGCUAUCCCGCCACUGCACAGGGACUGGGCUCUCACUGCGUCCAACUCGACACUGAAUGACCAAUGUGCCAUGCCACCGCAUAAUCUGCAGUGCAAGUCAUCUACUCAUCAGGCGUAGUCCCGAAAUUAUGGAGGGCGGCUUUAGUGCACCCGAUCCUUAAGAAAUGUGUACCCCCGGAUUCGUCCAACUACUGCCCCAUUGCCAUUACCUCUAUUUUCUCCAAAGUAAUGGAGUCGAUUAUCAACUGCCAGACCUUGGGAUACCUAGAGGAGCACCAGCUGAUCAACGACUGCCAGUACGGUUUCCGUCAGGGUCACUCAACUGCCUUGCAUACCUCACCCGCGUAGACGGUGAGUUUGGACAUAGCGAAUGCCUUCGAUCGGGUGUGACAUAAACCGCUUAUAGCGAAACUGCCAUCCUUUGGGCGUCCCGAGAGGUUGUGCAAAUGGAUCACUCGCUUCUUGGCCAAUCCGAGCAUCAAUGUUGUUAUAAAUGUUGCAUGCUCCAACUUCAAAGACAUGAACACUGGUGUCCCGCAAGGCUGCAUGCUUUCCCCUACACUGUUUCUUCUGCAAUAUUUUAUUGACAUACUGAAAUUUGUUUACUUUUGAUACAAAUUAAAUAAUAUUUAAUAUAUUAUCCUAUUUUUUGGGACUUUUUUGUUUUAGAUUGUAACUUUAGAUGUUGUUCAAUAUAUUUAACACAUGCCAUGUUUGUAAAUUUGUGUUGACAAAUAGAGAUAAUUAUGACAUGAACGAAAUCACAUUCAAUGGUGUUGAGAUUGAAUAUAACAUUGUCAGCAUGUUAAUUUUAUAAUUUUUAUGUUUAGUAGCUCCAACUUACAAUGCACCAUAAACAAAAGGUACACUAUAAUAUUAAAGGUAGAUUAUUAAUAAUUGAGUUAAAAAAAUGGUGGAUUUCGGGUUUGAAGGGACCAUUCUACUUUCAUCAUUCCAGACAAAGGUAUAGACACAUGUAUAGUCUAUAUUAAUUUUAUCACCGUUAUCCACAUAGUAGAUUUUGUUGAAUGCAAAACUUUUGCACAAAUCAGCAUUUCACCAUUAAAUGACAGUAUAUUUUUUUAAAUUUAUAUUUUGAAAUAAUUUCUUAAACAGUCAAUAUGUGUUCUAAGAGCCAUACUUAUUAAAAAGUUUAAUAAACAUAGUUGGUACUCAGAAUAUCAUUUUAUAACUGAACCAUAAAAUUUAAUUCCAAAAGCAAAACAUAUUGGCUUUACUACCUUAGCCAAUAUAAAUUAUUUAUAAACAAAAGAUAAAGGAUGGAUGAUUGUAAGCGAAAGAAAAGAAAACUGUGGCUUCAGGGGCAGACUCAGGUCACAUAAAUAUCUGCAAGGGAUUUAUAGCAGCAUAUUACAAAUGAUUCACUUAAAAACAGUCCCCAUAUCCAAAUAUGGUGUUAAAUCCAAAGUCACUAUAUCCAUAUAUCAAGUGACUUAGAUUUAACAUACUAUAGCUAAAUAGCACCUACAACCAAGAUUGUUAUAAUUAAAAUCCACCAUAACUAGUGAUUAUAUCAUUGCAGUCAUUCCACAAUAAUUAUUAGAUAUUUAUAGCUAAAUUAUAAAGUAUUAGGAGGCCAGAUUUUGAUAUUCAUGUUGCAAAUUAUAAUGACACUACUUCUGUAAUUAUUAUAUUCCCAAGUCGAUUUGAAAUUAUAUUUAUCUAGAUUAUGUACAAAUGUGCUAAUCCUUGAAUAUUCAUUAUAUUAUAGUACUUAGAAACAUUAUUUAUUGAAACCAAUAUUGUUGGCAAGGCAAGUUAAAUUUAUAUACACUUUUAAUCCCAGAAGUGAAGGAGCACACUUGAAAAUACUGAUUAUGUUUGCAUACUUCAUAUAAUUGUAUAAGAAUGGCAACUGUAACUUAUUGUACUUAUUGUAGGGAUAUAGAAGCAAUGUGAUGUGCUAUGCAUUGUGUUUUAGAUACCUAGUCAAAAAUGCAUUUAUGUUAAUGCUUUACAUUAAGUUAAUAUUAUAAUAAUUAUAUCAAUUAUUAAGCUCAGCUUUAUUAUUUAUUUAGAGUGAAAGUGUAAAAAAUAGAUGAACUUUUUGAACUA